AUGGUCCUUGAAGCAAUCAAAUACAGUCGCGGCAAGCUAGACAUUCUGGACCAGCUCCAGCUGCCUCACACCGAAGUCUACAAUGAGGUCAAGUCUGCUCAGGAUGCAUGGCACGCCAUCAAGGAGAUGAGAACUCGCGGCGCUCCUGCCAUCGCUAUUGUUGCUGCGCUUGGUUUGGCCGUCGAACUCGAACUCAUUGCAGGAAAGAACGAGUUGUCGAGCUUUGCGGAAGAAGUGGAAGUUUUUACCAAGGAAAAGCUUGAGUAUCUCGUCACUAGCAGACCAACCGCCGUAAACUUGGCAGAUGCUGCCAGAAAGCUGCAAAAGAUUGUGCAGAAUGCUGCCAAAGCUGAGCAUGCUUCAGGCACUUCUGUCAAGAACGCAUACGUUGAGGCUGCUGAGCAAAUGCUGGUCGACGAUGUCUCGGACAACAAGGCUAUAGGUGAGAACGGUGCCGACUGGAUCCUCAAGAAUGCUGCUGGAGGCAAGGAUCAAGUCAGCAUCUUGACUCACUGUAACACUGGAUCUUUGGCGACUGCUGGUUACGGUACCGCUCUGGGAGUCAUUCGCUCUGUGCACGCUAGAGGAUCGCUGAAGAGAGCCUUCUGCAGCGAGACCAGACCUUACAAUCAGGGAUCGCGUUUGACUGCUUUCGAGUUGGUGCACGAUAAGAUUCCCGCAACUCUUGUCACUGACUCGAUGGCUGCUGCACUACUCCGCCUGAAGGGACCUACCGAGAACAUUGCAGCAAUCGUGGUUGGAGCUGACCGCGUGGCCGCCAACGGAGACACUGCCAACAAGAUUGGUACCUACUCGCUUGCAAUCUUGGCCAAGCACCAUGGAGUCAAGUUCUUGGUGGCAGCACCACGAACAACCAUCGACCUCGAGACCAAGUCUGGAGCGGAUAUUGUGAUCGAGGAGAGAGCAGGCAAGGAAAUGACCAUGAUCAAGGGACCUGUCUUCAAGGGGGCCUCUCUUGAUUUGCAGCAGAUCGAGACGGUCAGCAUCGCGGCCAACGGUAUCGACGUAUGGAACCCAGCAUUCGACGUCACACCGGCAGAGUUGAUUGAUGGAGUGGUGACUGAGAAGGGAGUGGUGGAGAAGGGCUCAGAUGGAGUGUUCCAUUUCGAGGACAUCUUUGCGGCCUCGGGCUCUGAAGUGAAGCCCACAACUGUCGGUGGCCUUUGA